CGCGCGCUCCCGCGGGCCCGUCCCCAGGCGCUGCCGGUGACGGGCGGUUGGAAGCGCGCGCCCCCCAGCCAGCCAGCCAGCCCCAUGGCGGUGCCGCUGCUGGGCGUCCUGCUGGUCCUGUUGCUGGUCCUGCUGGGCAUCCUGUGCCUGGGAAGGUGGCUGCUGUACAUCCUCUUUACUAAUUGGUGUCGCCGGCGCCUCCAGGCAGAACUGAAGAUUGGCUCUUUUGGGUUCUUCUGGAUCCAGAACCUCAGCCUGAAGUUCCAGGAGGAGCAGCAGACUCUGGAAAUUGACAGCAUCUGGGUUUCCAGUAAGCUUCUCAACCACAAUGUCCCGCGCUACCUGGCCUUGUGCUUUGGAGAAGUCCGGGUCCACGUGGAUCUCCAAAAGGUGCCUGGCCCUCUGCCUCCGGCCCCCGAGACCCCAGCACAGAGCACCAGCGAGCAGGCUCAAGGGCUGCCCCUCGGGCCUUCACUGCUACGGCUGCUUAGCCAGCUCUGCUCUGUCCACGUGGACUCGGUCAACGUCAUGGUCCUGCACGUGGCAGCUUCGGAGUCGCUGUGGCACAUCCAGCUCACGAGAACCCGGCUCCUGGUGGACUCUGACGGCAGAUGCAUGGCGUGUGAGGUGACCUUCAGCCAGAUGAACAGCAAAGUUCUCAAAAGCAGCCGGCAGGAUGACGCGUGCCUGGCCGAGCUGUCGCUGUCACUCACCAUCUCCCUGGAUUUCAGCACCAGCAAGCGGCAGCUCCAGGGCUUGGCCAUGGGGGUCUGGAACUUCCAUGCUGAGCUCCACGAGGGGCUGUUCCACAGCGAGCUCCUGCAGCGCGUGGGAGGCAGCGCGGGAGACGCCGCAGACCCCACGAAGGCUCUGGAGCUGCGGCCACCGCUGCUGAGCUUGGCCAGUCUGAAAUGUGUGCCCUGCAGGGUGAAGGUGGAGCUGGAGAACACCAGCCUGGUCCUCUCGAUGAACAGUCAAAAGAGGCACCUCACCUGGACCUUGAAGCUCCUGCAGUUCCUGUACCAGUGCGAUGGGGAGCAGAUCCCCCUCCGCAGCUUCACCCCCACCUGCGACCUGCCCCAGAUGAGCAUCGAACUGCUGCUGGAAGAUGGACUGCUGCUUUCUCAGAGCCGCCAGCGGAUCGUGUGCCUGAACGUGCUGAAGGCCAGCUUGCAGGUCAUGGCCAUAGACAUCUCGGUUGCCAUGAUGCUCAACACUUGCAUCGUCCACUACCGGCACCAGGAGUUCUCGCACUGGCUGGGCUUGCUUGCUCUGGCCCGAGAGAAGGCGGGCCUGCCAGCCCCGGUCAGGAGCAACGGCAAGAGGAUGCCCCAAAUUCUGGCUACUAUCAUCUUGAGUGCCUCGGUGUCCAAUGUCAGUGUCUCUGUACAACUGGGCAACACCCCACCUUUUGCCCUGGGCUUCAACUCAGUUUCCGUAGAUUACCAGCACCUGCGUCCUCAGAGUAUGCACCAGCGAGCCGUGCUCGCAGUUGACCACCUCUGCUGGCGUGUGGGCCCCGACUCCCACAUCCAGCGGGCCCCACACCCGCCCAACAUGCACGUCUGGGGUGAGGCCCUCAUUCUGGACUCCUUCAACCUACAGGGCAGCUACAACCAGCCCCUGGGCACCUCCAGCACCCACGCCGACACCCUCUUCCUGGACUGCACCCUCCGCGGCCUGCAGGUGGAGUCUUCAGACACCUGUGUCGAGUGCCUCUCCCGGAUCCUGCUGCUGCGUCCCAGGAGCACGGAGCCUCAAGAGUGCCCGGGGGAGGAGGCACCGCCACCCCCCCUUUCCCUGGGGGAGGGCCUCGGAGUCCUGUGGAAGGUGGACCUGAAGGUGGAGGAUGUGAAUCUGUUCACCUUGUGCACCUUGGCAGGCGCCACCGAGGUGAGAGUGGACACCCUGACCAUGCUGGGCAGUGCAGAGAGCUGCACCAUCAGCGUCCAGGGGCUGGCGCUUGCCCUGGUGAAGAGCAUCACGGAGAAGAUGCAGCCCUGCUGCAAAGCCCCGGCCAUCCCUAACCCGGUGGUGGACCUCUCCAUGCUUUCCCUCACCUACCGUAGCAGCAUCCGCUCUCUGGAGGUGCAGUGUGGAGAAAACCUGAACGUGCUGUGGAGCCCGGCGGACCACAUGUACCUGUUCCAGCACGUCCUGGCCACCCUGCAGUGUUACGAGAUGCUGCAAGGCAUGCUGGGGACGCGGCCGGCCCCUGCCUCGCUCCCCCAGGGCACUGGCAUGGCGUCGGAGGGCCCCCCGGAGGCGGACGGCACCCCUGCGCCCGGGGGCGGUGGCGCCCCCAAGCGGCUCCUGGGGCUGACCCUGGAGCUGAGCGCCCUCAAGGUGACGGCCUUCGUCUCGGAGCUGCGCUACCUGAGCCUGGCGGCCGAGCGGAUCCUGGUGAACCGGCACAGCGCCUCGCUGCACGCCUACUGCCCGGAGCUGGCCGCCGGCUUUGACGGCAACCCCAUCCUGGUCUUCAAGGAGAUCGAGGUGCAGGCCCUGCCCGAGCUGGAGGAGAUGAUCCUGCACCGGGGCCCCUUCCCCACCCUGAGGUCCCUGCGCAACCGGGUCUGGGCCCUCUCCUGCUCCAGCGUGGCGGUGGAGUUCCCCUACCAGUACGACUUCUCCGCCACCCUCGACGAGGCCCUGGGCGUGCAGAAGUGGCUGAAGGGGCUCCAUGCCACCGCCGCCGGGGGCGCCCCUGGCCCGGCCCUCCCGCCCGACCUGCUCCUCAAGGUCCAGCACUUCUCCUGGGUCUUCCUGGACGACGUCUUCGAGGUGAAGCUGCGAGACAACUACGAGCUGAUGAAGGACGAGAGCAAGGAGAGCGCCAAGCGGCUGCAGCUGCUGGACGCCAAGGUGGCCGCCCUGCGCAAGCAGCACGGGGAGCUGCUGCCGGCCCGCAAGAUCGAGGAGCUCUACGCCUCGCUGGAGAAGAAGAACAUUGAGAUCUACAUCCAGCGCUCCCACCGCCUCUACGCCAACACCCCCAUGCGCAAGGCCCUGCUCACCUGGACCAUGGCCGACCUGGAGCUGGUGGCCCUGGCCGACGAGUCCUUCCACGGGGCCGAGAAGGUGCUCCAGCAGAUCUGGGAGCUGGACAGCGCCAGCCCCUUCCCCCCAGGGCCGCUGGAACUCCUCACCCAUUGGUGCCGCAUGGUCAAGGGCAGCGUCAAGACCUUCUUCGUGCGCAUCCGGGACUACCCCCGGUACUUGUUUGAGAUCCGCGACUGGAGGCUGUCGGGCCGUUUGGCCGGGGCUGAGCAGCGGGGUCAGCCUUGCUCUCGCCGGCGGCAGGUGCUGAAACUCGGGGCCCCCUGGGGAGACGUGUCCGUGGAGAGGAACAUGCCACCUCUGAAGUUCUACCACGACUUCCACUCGGAAGUCUUCCAGUACACCAUUGUGUGGGGGCCCUGCUGGGACCCUGCCUGGAUGCUCAUCGGGCAGGCCAUCGACCUCCUGACCAAGCCUUCGGAAGACCCCAGCCCGCCCCUGCCCUGGUGGGACAAAAGCCGUCUGCUGCUUCACGGGGACUGGCACAUGGACAUCGAGCAGGCCAACCUCCACCAGGUGGCCACUGAGAACCCCUACAACACCACGGAGAAUAUGCACUGGGAGUGGAGCCACCUCUCCUUCUACUGGCGGCCCGGCCAGUUUGUCUUCAAGGGGGACCUGGACGUCAACGUCCGCACAGCAUCCAAAUACGACGACUGCUGCUUCCUCCACCUGCCCCAGCUCUGCAUGACGCUGACCCUGACGUGGCUGUGCCACGGGAACCCCCACGACCACCACAGCGUCGUCCUGCGCUCCCCAGAGUACCUCCCCGAGGUGCCGGUCGGCCAGCAGCACGACUCGUACCGGGCUUUCCGCUCCGAAAACCUCAACCUCUCCAUUGGCAUGGACCUGAAGCAGUCGAGUGGGGAGGCCUCCCAGCCCCGCAUCCUGCUGUACAGCACCACCCUGCGCUGGAUGCAGAACUUCUGGGCCACCUGGACCAGCGUCACCCGUCCCAUCUGCCGCGGGCCGCUCUUCAGCAACCUGAAGCCCAGCAAGAAGAAGCUGGGGCAGCACUACCGGCAGCUCUCCUUCACGGCCACCUUCCCCAAGCUCCAGGUGCAUUACUGGGCCUCCUUUGCUCAGCAGCGUGGCAUCCAGCUGGAAUGCUCCCUGGGGCACGUCUUCACCCGCGGCACCCAGCGGCUCAUCCCCCAGGCUGGCACGGUGAUGCGACGCCUCAUCUCCGAGUGGAGCGUCACCCAGAUGCUGAGCGACCUGAGCCAGGUCACCGUCCACCUCAUGGCCUCGACCUGCGACGAGAGCGCCGACCACCGCCUCGACUCCCUCGUGAAGAAGACCCACCUGCUCAGCCUCUCCUCCCUCGCCUACCAGCGCCACAGUGCCCGCACAGCCGAGGAGGAGCUGGUGGCACGUGACGCGGACGAUGUCUUCCACACACACCAGCUGCACCUGGUGGACCUGCGGGCCUCCUGGACCACCAUCAACCGGGACAUCGCCUUUGGCCUCUACGACAGCUACAAGAAAGCCGCCGUCCUCAAGCGCAACCUCUCCACGGAAGCGCUGAAGGGGCUGAAGAUCGACACGCAGCUGCCGGCCAAGAAGCUCAAGAGGGGCCCGGCCACCAGCCCCCAGCCCCCUCUGCGGCCGAUCAGCAUGCCGGCCAGCAGCGGCCGCACGGAGCGGAGCCCCUCUGGAGGAGCCUACAUGCUGCAGAAGCUGAUUGAGGAGACGGACAAGUUUGUGGUCUUCACGGAGGAGGAGUCGGGGGUCAGUGAGCAGCUGUGUGGCAUUGCGGCCUGCCAGACAGACGACAUCUACAACCACAACUGCCUUAUUGAGCUGGUCAACUGCCAGAUGGUCCUCCGUGGAGCAGAGACGGAGGGCUGUGUGAUUGUCUCGGCUGCCAAGGCUCAACUGCUCCAGUGCCAGCACCAUCCUGCCUGGUACGGAGACACACUUAAGCAGAAGACAUCCUGGACAUGCCUGCUGGACGGGAUGCAGUAUUUCGCCACCACCGAAAGUUGCCCUUCCGAACACGAGGACAUGCAGCUCUGGCUGGAGGUCAAGAACAUCGAGGAGCACCGCCAGCGAAGCCUCGACUCGGUGCAGGAGCUCAUGGAGAGCGGGCAAGCCGUGGGAGGCAUGGUUAGCACCACCACAGACUGGAACCAGCCGCACGAGGUCCAGCCGACGCAACAGGUCCAGCGGAUCAUCUCCCGAUGCAGCUGCCGCAUGUACUACAUCAGCUACAGCCACGACAUCGACCCUGAGCUGGCCACCCAGAUCAAACCCCCCGAGCUGCCUGAGAACCCCGAGAAGGAAGACCUGCUCAAGAAGCAGGAGGGGGCCGUGGACACCUUCACUCUCAUCCACCAUGACCUGGAGAUCUCGACCAACCCGGCUCAGUAUGCCAUGAUCCUCGACAUCGUCAACAACCUCCUGCUGCACGUUGAGCCUAAGCGGAAGGAGCACAGCGAGAAGAAGCAGCGGGUCCGCUUCCAGCUGGAGAUCUCGAGCAACCCUGAGGAGCAGCGCAGCAGCAUCCUGCAUCUCCAGGAGGCCGUCCGACAGCACGUGGCCCAGAUCCGGCACCUGGAGAAGCAGAUGUAUGCGGUCAUGAAGUCCCUCCAAGAUGAUGGCCGGAAUGAAUCCCUGUUGGAUCACAACCAGAAGCUGCAGCUGCAGCUGAGCCGGGAGAAGGCGGAACUGCAGCAGGAGAGCGAGGAGCUGAACAUCCUGAUCAGGUGCUUCAAAGACUUCCAGCUCCAGCGCGCCAACAAGAUGGAGCUCCGCAAGCAGCCAGAGGACGUUGGCGUGGCUCGCCGCACCGAGUUCUACUUUGCCCAGGCCCGCUGGCGCCUGACCGAAGAGGACGGGCAGCUGGGCAUCGCUGAGCUAGAACUCCAGCGCUUCCUGUACAGCAAGGUCAACAAAUCGGACGACACAGCCGAGCACCUCUUGGAACUGGGCUGGGUCACCAUGAACAACCUCCUGCCCAACGCCAUCUACAAGGUGGUGCUCCGUCCCCAGAACGCCUGCCAGUCCGGCCGCCAACUGGCCCUGCGUAUAUUCAGCAAGGUCCGGCCGCCAGUGGGCGGCAUCUCCAUCAAAGAGCACUUUGAGGUGAACGUGGUUCCUCUCACCAUCCAGCUGACGCACCAGUUUUUCCACCGGAUGAUGGGGUUCUUUUUCCCGGGACGUAAUGUGGAAGAGGAGGAGGUGGGGGACGAGGAGGACAAGUCGAAGCUGGUGACGACAGGCAUGCCGGUGGUGAAGCCCAGACAGCUGAUGGUCUCCGAAGACUCACUAGGCUCCGGGAAAGCCAUGGCGCAGGGACUGAACCGGACGUCGGGGGUCCGGCGCUCCUUCCGCAAAACGCCAGAGCACCCGGUGGACGACAUCGACAAGAUGAAAGAGCGGGCCGCCAUGAACAACUCCUUCAUCUAUAUCAAGAUCCCGCAAGUGCCCCUCUGUGUCAGCUACAAGGGGGAGAAGAACAGCGUGGACUGGGGGGAGCUUAACUUGGUGCUGCCGUGCCUGGAGUAUCACAACAACACGUGGACGUGGCUGGACUUUGCCAUGGCGGUGAAGCGGGACAGCCGCAAAGCACUGGUGGCCCAGGUCAUCAAGGAGAAGCUACGCCUCAAGCCCGCCGCUGGCACUGAGAGCCGGGGCAAGCAGGAAGGCAAACAGGAGGGCCACAUCCAGCAGCAGCAGCAGGAGGACGAGAAGGCCCGGCUGCUGAUCGGCCUGAGCGUGGGCGAAAAGAACCCGGGCAAGAAGUCCAUCUUCGGCCGGCGCAAAUGAGAGCAUUCCCCCUGCUGGCAGGGAAACUUGGGGGGGUUGGCAGGGGGUGGACAAUGCCCAGCGAACCUCCUGUGCAGCCCCCCACACACACACACCUCUUGCAGGGACCAAGCAUUCGGCCCCACCACGGUCCGUGACAGCGAUGAACCACAGAACUGCAGACAGCUGGUGGCUGAGUGCCGGCCGUGGUGAUGGGAGCACUGGGGGCUGAAGCGGCAGGCAGUGUGCCCGUGCGGCUUGGAGCCCCUUCCUGGCACACCCCGGGUGGCUUUAUGCAUUGUUGGUUGGGCAAUGGGGAGGGAGAGAAUUUAAAGGAGAGUUUAUCAUUUGGA